UGCAUCGUACAUAUCUCGUCAGUUGAAGAAGAUAAAUUAUCGAAUCGACACGCAAGGUUGUUAAUCUUGGCAACAUUAUGAAGAACGCAGUUUUUGUGUUUCUUGGGGCGCUGUGCCUCGCUACCACCCAGGCGGCCAUGCAGGGGUUGGACUGGGCAACUAUUCAAGCCAUCCACGAUGCAGCUGUGCAGGCGAUGACUGAACAGUACUUCCAGGCGUUUAACGACAUCGCCACCGCCGCGGGAGAGUUCACCUACGUCAACUCCACCUGCGCACGCGCGCUGCAGGGAUCCUGCGGGCGGUGCGUCACAAGGAAAUGCCAGCAAUGGGCCAUGACCUGCGGCCUGACCCUGCCGGAGACCUCUGACAUGACCAUGCUGGGUGGGGAGGCGGUCCAAGCUGACCUCAAAACGCUGCAGAAGUUCAUCUCGCAGGGCGAGCGCCUGGACACCGGUGAGGCAAUCCAGUGCGCCGUUGACGCAGGGUCCCUAGCGCUCACCGCUGGCUCUUUGCUUGUCGGUAAGCGUGAUGUCGGUGACGUCAUCUGUGACACCGUUGGUGUGGUAGGCACGGCCGUGGACCUUGUGACCGGAGGAAUCGGCGGUGCCAUUCAGGGUGGAGUGGAUCUUAUUGGUGACGCCAUCAACGCGAUUGGAAACCUCUUUGGAAGGAGGAAGCGGGAUCUGCAGUGUGACGUCCUCCAGCUGGAGCCCGAGGCGUCAUGUGUGCAGCUGGCGCCGGAGUGUGGUGAUGACUGCCAGGGUUGCGCUAACAUGGAUAAAAUGGCCGCGCGUUUCCACAAGGUCAUGAAGAAGAACUCCUGGGCAAUGCGCAAGUCCAACGCCUUCCUGACACGCACCGUGACCUACGACCCCGUGUCGGGUCAGAUGGUGGCCGAGGUGAUGGCGAUGGGACAACGCAUGAAAGUUACCCUGUCAGGGCCAGUGAACCCCGCUACCACCGGCAAACAUCUCGCCGCCGCCGUCCUGAAGAAGCUGCGUCAGUAGAACGUCACCACGUGACUAAAUUGUUCUCAGGUGUAGUGCCUUACGCCAUCUUGCCUAGUUCAGAACCAGGUGUACAAUAACCAGCAUGGUACCAUGCGUGCUCUAACAUCAUGUCUACACUAACACCAAUGUGGAAGAAUAAAUACAACCUAACCUAUUAA